AUGGUGACCCAGUUGAGUAAGGCACUCGGCAUCCAGGGGCUAAUGGUUUAUAGUGGGUACUACAUAUUCUCGAUAGCCACUGUUUACCUUUCGUACAGUAUCUUCAAAACUGGAUAUGAUAAUCUGGAUAUGUCCCUGACGUCAAUGAUUCUGACCUGCAUUUGGUACUUCUUUUACUACUUUGAUGCCUUUCUCAAUCUAUUUAUUACUCUUAAUCUACUUGACGACCACAAAAAGCUAAAACGUCUUUUGGGGGAGCGAACCGUCUUUGCCUCUCGUUUGGAUAUUCGUCUGGAGGAAGCUUUUGAGAAAAUGCAGCUGCAGUUGAUACGAAACCCGCUUAAAAUCGACAUACUCAAGACAUAUGUCAUCACACGCGAGACUUCAAUGGCCAUGUUGGGAUCAGGAGUACUGCAUUCUAUAAUACUAAUUCAAUUUGAUUUGGAAUACUUUUAA